CUCCAUCACCAUUGUCUAUCGCGUCAACGGAUACGAAGCAGGCGUCAUGUCUGACGUAGAGAUUACAGCCGAGGAACUGCCUGUUGAAAUUACAGCAGAAGACGAACCAGAACAAGUACCCGAACCAGCGCCAGCAUCAGAAAAUGGAGAAAAUGACAAAUCUGAUAAGCCGAAAAGCAAGCGUGAAAAGAAACAUUCACGAUCAAGAUCACCUAGGAGGUCAAGGUCACGAUCUAGAUCUCGAUCCAGAUCAAGAUCCAGAUCGCCAAGGCAUGACAGAUCACGAAAACGAUUUGUGAACGUAAAUUCUACAAGGGUGGUGGUCAAGAACAUGCCAUAUGAACUGAAAUGGCAGGAUAUCAAAGAUUUGUUCCGUAAAGAAGUGGGAGAUGUUGCAUAUGUUGAGAUGAUAGAAGGGAAUGAUGGAAAACCUAGAGGAAUGGCCGUCAUCGAAUUCAAAGACAGAGAUGCAGCAAGGAAGGCUAUUGAAACUAUGCACCAGUAUAAAGUCCAUGACAGAUACCUUGUUGUGCAUGAGGAACGUGAUAAGGACAGGAGAAUGUUCCAGCAGAUAGGUCAUAGGCCUGGUGGAGGAGGAGGAGGAGGAGGUGGUGGUGGUGGUAGUAGUGGCAUGGACAUGAGAGGAGGUAUCAGUCCAGAAAUCCUAGCACAGCUAGGUAUUGAAGGACCAAUUUCAACCACAGUCUUUGUUGCUAAUCUGGAUUACAAGGUCACCUGGCACAAGCUGAAAGAGGUCUUCAGACUGGCUGGGAAUGUUUUGAAAGCUGAAAUCAAAGAAGACAAGAAUGGCAAGUCUCGCGGCAUGGGUAUUGUGCAGUUUGAGCAUCCUAUGGAGGCUGUCCAAGCAGUUUCAAUGUUUAAUGGACAAACUCUGUUUGACCGAAAAAUGAUUGUGCGCAUGGACAAGGUUCCAGAAGAAGCACCACCGGCACCAAAAUUACCAAGUGGUCUCAAAUCCAUUGGUAUGGGUCUUGGCGUUGGAGGGGCUCCUCUGUUAAAUCUUGGACAGCUAAACAGUGUUGGUGGUGGAUUAGGUUUAGGUGGAGGACUUGGUUCUGGUGGAAUAGGUGGUGGACUUGGAGGGUUAGGCAUGGAUGUUGGCUUGGGAGGUAGUGGGGCACUAGGUGGAGGAGCAGGGCUUGGAGGUCUGUCAGGGCUAGGUUCAGCAGCAGGUCUUGGUACUGGCCUAGGUGGGGGCCUAGGAGGGACUAGUCUUGCAGGCCUUAACAGUCUUGGGUUGGGAUCUGGGCUAGGUGGGUUUGGUGGAGGGGGCCUAGGGGGUGUUACAAAGUUGCCAGCAGGACUAGGGGGUCUGGGUGAUGGCCUGGGACUAGGUUUAUCAGGAUUGGGAUCAAAUAAUGCCAUGAUGAUGGGAUCUGGAGGAGGUGGCGGUGCAGGCUAUGGCUCUGGUGGAGGAGGUGGUCGGGAGGAGCGUGGAGGCCGUGUCACACGACCAGAUAACUGCACUGUGCUGGUGAAAAACCUUCCAUAUAGUGUUACAUGGCAAGACCUGCGAGAACGCUUUCAGGAGAUAGGUGAGGUUAAGUUUGCUGAAAUCAAAAUGGAGAAAGGAAGAUCCUCAGGUCAGGGCUUAGUGCGCUUCUCAAAUGAAGAUGAUGCUAUGCGAGCUAUCUCUAAUUUGGACCAGACUAGAUUUGAGGGACGCACAAUUGAAGUGCGCAUGUACCGUGGCUGAUGAAGGAGACACUUUGCCUUUGGUGUACGUAUGUCCAUGGAUAUUUGACUGACAGUCAUAGACUUGGUUUCCAGUAAACAGCAUCUCAGAUUCUCCAAAAGUUCAUGUUGUUAAGUUGUCAGUCUGUUGUGGACCGCUUGACUUUUUGCCACGUUGUGGGCUGCCAAGGAUAGCUCUGCUCUGCAACCAGCCACGACAAGUUUGGAGGUCACUUUUUCCAAGGUCUUCAGAGUGGAAGAGUUUUACACCAUCAUGCAAUCUGUCACGUUUUGGAGAAAGCUGUUUUACUUCUGUGGAGGAUUUUGACAAUUUCUGUACAUCUUGUGAGAAUUCACCAUUGUUCAGUACCACCCAGUUUCCUAUAUUUUGUUAUUUUUCCGUUUGCUGUAAUCAUUCAUCAUUUGUUUGGAUUGACUGCUUAGAAUCAUUUUAUUGUCAUCAUUAAAUCAGACAUUCUGGGAAGAUUUCCUGCAUUCAUCAAUAAAUGGUCUUUUGAUUUUAUCUUCGUUUCUUCAUGCAGUGUUAUUUUGUUGGGGCUCUGAGAGUGUAUUGUGUAAGGCAUAGACACUUGAGUUUCAUUGCAGAGAUUUCUGAUAUCUUUGAACAGAUAGCAAAAGAAAAGGGUUUUAAGAUGGUCUUCAGUAGGCAGUCCACACUUCAGAUGUCAUUUACAGGUAUUUGGUACUUUUGACAUACUGACCACAGUGGGAUAUAUUCACAGCACAUAUUAGUUUCAGAGUUUUCUUGCCAACAUCUUGUUGGCUUUGAUUUGGACUGGAGUAGUUGUUGAUUCAGGAUGAAAGCUGGCCUGUAGAGACCCUGUUGCCAUGUCUGCAGAAAGGAAGGUAAAAUAACUUUUGCACAAUAAAGAAAAUUGUGCCUUUGAUGAGAUGUUUUGUGUUUACAAGUGAUUUCACAGGAGUUUGUCACAGUGAUAUGUAAAAUUCGCACCUAGUCUUUUAAGUAAUAUCAGCAUGCAUGUUUUCAUAAAAUAACUUAGAGCUAGACUUUGAAAAAAAUGUGCUGAUUAACAUUGGAUGGUGGUGGUAGCUUUAUUUAUGUCUGUGUUUGGCAUGGAAACGGAAUCCUCCAAUAUUUUAUAAAUGUCUUGUGUGUAUAAAAGUUGUUUUUUUGAUAAUUGCCUUCUCAACAUAAAAGAAGGUAACAUAUUAUUCAUCUAGUAUUCUUAAGAUUCUGAAUUAAACUUUGUCACCUUUGGCAUUUAACUAGAAUAUAUUCUAUUCCUUUAACUAAAUGGCAUUUAUUAUAUCCUGGCAUCAUUACAACUCUAGUUGACAGGAGUUCUCUGGUGUGAUGGCUGAAGUUUUUUUUUUCCAGCUUGCAGGAAGACAGAAACGGAAGACAGUGUUAAACUAAUUCAUUAAGUCUAAUUGCUAUUAUGAAAUGAAAAUAAAAAAUAACCAUACCUAACAUCACAUAUCAGCACACAAGCCUCUUCAUCUAUCAGUUUCAAUAAUCUUUUAUCUCUUGAUUGGAUUAUGCAGUGAAGGUCUCUCAGGACUUCUACAGUGUCCUGUCAGGGGUGUUCUUUUUGAGUGUGAAUCAAAUUCUCAUGGUUUACAGAUCGUGGUUUAUAUUGAUCAUGCUGUUUAUUUGUCUAAAUAUGGUUUGAAUGUUUGCUUCUGUAUUGUUUCCCUCAGAGUGCUAUAAAUUGAAACUUUCAGUCUGCAGUGUGGCUUUUGAGAAAACAAAGUCUUGCCUUUCCAUUUGUGCUGGAUUUUUUUCUCCACUACCUAUUUAUUAUUUGUGAUAUAGAAUUUCUACAAAGUCAUGAUUUCCAGUGCAGCUGAUUAAUCCAAGUGAUAUAUAAUUGGUAUGGACAUCUUCGGAUUGUAAGUAUGGUAAUUCUUUUGCUUAGAUUCAUUUUACUUGGUGGUGUUAGGAAGGGUUACUUCUACAUGGGGAUUUUCUAGUGUGCCGCUUCAAAUGUUGGUUUCUGGCAGCUUAAUGUUUAGAUCAUUGAAUCUGCUGAGUUGGU